AUGGCAAAAACUUACGAUUACCUGUUUAAAUUGUUACUGAUUGGUGAUUCGGGUGUGGGAAAAACUUGCGUGCUGUUCAGAUUUUCCGAGGAUGCCUUCAAUACGACAUUUAUAUCGACCAUAGGAAUCGAUUUUAAAAUAAGGACAAUAGAUUUAGAUGGUAAAAAAAUAAAAUUACAAAUAUGGGAUACUGCAGGCCAAGAAAGAUUCAGAACAAUAACGACAGCAUACUACAGAGGUGCAAUGGGCAUUAUGCUGGUUUACGACAUAACAAACGAAAAAAGUUUUGAAAACAUAAAAAACUGGAUUAGGAAUAUUGAAGAAAAUGCUUCGGCGGAUGUGGAAAAAAUGCUGUUGGGUAAUAAAUGUGAGCUGGAAGAAAAGAGGCAGGUUUCUAAGGAAAGGGGUGAACAGUUGGCGAUCGAGUAUGGAAUUAAGUUUAUUGAAACAAGUGCCAAGGCCAGCAUAAGAGUGGAAGAGGCGUUUUUCACGUUAGCUAGGGAUAUUAAGGCAAAAAUGGAAAAGAAAUUGGAGGCAAGCAACCCGCCCAAAGGCGGUCACCAGCUGCGCGCCUCCGAGCCGCAGAGGAAGCCUCCGAGCUGGUUGUCGAGGUGCACCCUGCUUUGA